AUGAGGCAGCAAACCACAACAGCGCUGUUGCUGUUGGCUGUGCUUGCAGCGUUCUCCUACCCCGCCGCCAUCGCGCAAAGCCCACCUGAUGGCGUCGUCCUUGGAACCGAGCUUACCGCCUCUGAAUUCUUCUCCGCUGUGAACCUUGUUGAAUGCGGCGAUCUGACCGAUUCAAACUCCGGGUACUACUUUGAGAGCGGCGGCGCAACAGGCCUGAACCGCGAGCGUUGCGAUAUCGGUGGAACAUGCCAGUGCCGUCGCUUCUCCGAAUGCUCCGAUGGCGAUUGCUUGCGCGUGUGGCCGUGCACCGUCGAGGGUGGUGGCACCAACAAGAACUGCAAGGCCAUCGCCAACUGCACCCAGAACAUCUUCGAUACUCCCAUGCGCGUUGAGGUGGCGUGCGACCGCCAGAACAUGACGGACAAGAACGAUGCCGACCUCGACCUGUUUGGCGAGAAGUGGAAGCAGGCCCUCGCUGAUGACUGCGGCAUUGGCAGGGUGUGCCGCUACAAUGGCGAUACGCACGAGACCAUCCAGGUUCUGGCAUACGAUGCUUUCGUCACGUACACCCUGAACGACGCUCACGUCGAUGACAUUCAGGCGUGCGCAACGUCAACGUUGUUCCGCUUCAACCGUUGCACGACGUCUGUUCGCUCGUGCAUUGGACGCAACAUCCUGGGCGACUUUGACAUGGACACGUUCAGGACCUGCAUCUACCGCCGUCACCACCACGAGGGCAUGGCGGAGACGCUGUUUGACAACUGCGACUGUGCCAACAUCACAGAAAGCAGCACCUUUGCUGAAAUUCAGGACGUCUACUCGUGCAUGGAGUUCUGUGCUGCCAGCACCGCCAACCUGAACUGCGAUUAUGUUGUGACCACGACCACGACGACGACCACUACCACCACCACAACCACGCUCGAGUGCCCUGACAUCGACUCCCCUGAGGCGCAGGUUGUGUACGAGUUUGUCACCUUCAGCAUUGCCGCCCCUGAGGGCAACGAGGUGCGCUGUGUCGGGUACGCUGAUGGCGGCCUCGCCACGUACGAGAACGUGACCACGUCCAUGGAGGACUUCUGGACCGUUCCUCUGUUUGACGGCUCCACCGGUGGCGACUACUUCUCCAUUGCGGACAAUUCCACCGGCUCUGCGCAGAUUCUGGUCACGGAUUCCCUCCUCGGCACAUACACGCACGUGUGCAGCGCGCGCCCCGCUGGCACCGAGCAGCUCUGCCCGCUCGUGGCCACAAACCCGACAUCUUCAUCCAUUGGGCCAUAG